GUAGCAAGAAUUGAAGAAGCAAAUUAGAGCAACAUAGAGAACCAUUUAAUGAUGACAAAGCCACAUAUCCUAGCCAUUCCAUAUCCAGCACAAGGCCAUGUUAUCCCCACAAUGGAGCUUUGCCUGUGCCUAGUGAAGCAUGGGUGCAAGGUCACCUUUGUGAACACUGAGUUCAACCACAACCGAAUCAUCAAGUCCAUGUCGGAGGCAGACAAUGUUAUGAACCUAGUAUCAGUCCCCGACGGGUUAGGAGUGGAGGAGGAUAGGAAUGACACGAAGAAGCUAGCAGAAGCAGUCUUUAAGGUUGUACCGGGGAAAGUGGAGGCUCUCAUUCGUAAGAUAAACGAGUCGGAUGAGAAUAGAGUUUCGUGUGUUAUUGCCGAUGAAAAUUUGGGUUGGGCCUUAGACUUGGCGAAGAAAUUGGGACUCCAGCGAGUUGCUUUCUGGACUGCUUCAGCUGCUUCACUAGCCAUGAUGUUUAAUGUUCCAAAGCUAGUUGAUGAUGGGAUUGUUGGCAACAAUGGAGAAAUCCUGAAAAAGCAAAGCAUCAAAUUGUUGCCUCUCAUGCCGGAUAUGAACUCCACAGAUUUACUGUGGAACUGUUUCAGCGAUCCGGGGCUACAGAGGUUUGUUUUCGACCUGGCGUUCAAAAACAAUGAAUCAGUGAAAGCUGCAGAGUGGAUAAUCUGCAACUCAUCUCAGGUGAUGGAAAAUGAGGUAUUUGCAGCCUACCCGAAGCUGAUACCUAUAGGACCAUUACUAGCAAGCAACCGUCUUGGGAAAACAUCAGGCCAUUUCUGGCGGGAGGACACAGAUUGCCUGAAAUGGCUUGACCAGCAGCCACUGAACUCAGUCAUCUACGUUGCAUUCGGAAGCCACACCAUUUUCGACAUGGCAGAGUUUCAAGAACUGGCCCUUGGGCUUGAACUCACCAACAGACCAUUUUUAUGGGUUGUUAGGCAAGGGUUUAUUGAAGAGGCAGCAAAUCCUUACCCUGAAGGGUUCAUAGACAGAAUCCGCAAUCGUGGGCGGCUAGUUGAAUGGGCACCUCAGCAGAAAGUGUUGGCGCAUCCUUCUCUCGGAUGUUUCCUGAGCCAUUGCGGCUGGAAUUCCACCAUUGAAGGUGUCUGCAAUGGCUUGCCUUUCUUGUGCUGGCCAUACUUUGCUGAUCAGUUUUUCGACAAAAGUUACAUCUGUGAUGUUUGGAAGACUGGUUUGGGGUUCGAUAGAAACGAGAAUGGAAUCAUCGGACGACAGGAAAUCAAGAACAAGGUGGAACAAUUGUUUGGGGAUGAAAAUUUCAAAGCUAGAGCCGUGGAUCUUCAAGCAGAGGUGUUGUCCAGUGUUAAAAGAGGAGGGUCUUCGUAUCAGAAUUUCAGUAGUUUCGUUAACUGGAUUAAGGCAAAAAAUUAAACAAAUCUCUGUUAGUCAAAACUAUUUGAUUCACUGAUGACAAUAAGUAGUCAAGCAUCAUUAUAUUUUGUAUUUUUGUUCUAGAAAUAAACCGUAGAAAUGUUUCAUAAAUUUUACUUGUUC